AUGCGUGUCUGCAGGGACAGUUCCAACUCUUCGGAAACGAAACUUGGUGUGGAUAUGACUCCAGGACGGCUUUCAUGUAUUUGUGAUGCCCAUUCUGAGAAGAUCCUACUACCAUCAAAAUGUUCUGUGAACGAGCAGCAGAACUGUCUGUUUAUGGUACUGUACCGCAUAAUGCGGAUGGUACAAGAAACUCCAAAACGCCUCUACAGAAACAGAAUUCAGCAGAAGAAAAACAAACUUGAGUUACAAAUCUAUCCACCAUCUCUAAUCGUACUAGAACAGUUGGUUGUUUCGUUCUUAUUGAGCAUGAAAUGGUUUUGGAAUGGGAAUCCUGGAUGGAUGGAAAAUCCACGAGAACUGCGGAACUACAUUAGGCUUCUUCAAGAUCAUUUGGGAAUGGGCAUUCUGAGAACUCGAAAACCGCCUGGGAAUCACAAACGUACAAAGCGUCAUGUUUGGAAAGUUGGAAGUGUUCCAGCAGAAAUGCUUUCAGGGUUGGAGAGGAUUUGAUAUUUAUCUGACUUCAUGCCAGAUACAUCGUGUCUUACGAAGUGGACUCAGUAA